AUGCCGGAACUGCCCCCAAUCCCUUCAAUCAACACUGCCGCUGUUGGUCCGCAUGACAAGACCGUCGAAGCGGAAUCUUCAAAGUCCACACUUUUUGGACCUCAAUCUCUGGGGGCACUUCUGUCGCCUCCACUUCUGCCAUCACUGCCACCAUCACUAGCACCUUCGGCGGAGCCGUCACUUUCUCCGGUGGACAUGGACUCUACUUCAGCUGGAACCAAACUCACCCUUGCCGACAUUUCUCAACCUCCGCCGUUGCAAGAAUUGUCAAUAUCACCAUCGACGACACCGGCUGGCCGUUCCUCACCUGAAAUCGCUCACCUUGUCAUCAACGUCAAUUCCGUUGACGAUAGUGAGGCAAAACUUCGAGUCCAAACCAUCGUCAGAGACAAGGACGUGGACUCCUUGAGGGGACUUGCCGGCGGUGCUGAAAAAGUUGCUUCCAUUUUCGGUUCUCACAUAGAGACAGGACUUAGUACUUGGCCACCACAACCACAAGGCAGUAAAGCUGUCCAUCCUCGGAGCUUAUUCCACUUCUUGCUUAAGGCUUGCAAUAACUACACAAUAUAUCUCCUUUUAAUCUCAGCUUUUAUGUGCUUCAUCACAAAUAUGAUAGAGCAAGGACCUGAAAUUGGAUGGGUUGAUGGGGCGUUCAUCAUGGCCAACAUUUUCUGCCUUGUGACAAUCCCUUCGGUUGUUAAUCUCUGCCGAGCAAGAAAAGCUAUAAGCAAGCUGUUGGAGAAAAUUGAGUCAGAAAUGCUCAAUGUUGUGAGAGAUGGAAAGUCCCAAAGAGUUGAUAUUUUUGAUGUUUUGGAAGGUGAACUUGUUAAAUUGUCCAAGGGCGAUGUGGUACCUGGAGAUGGGUUGCUUGUACGUGGCAAUGGAUUGGUGUUGGAUGAGGUGUUGGACCGCCAUGUCGAUUGUAAUCGACACCCAUUUCUCUUCUCUGGUUCAAGGGUUGUUGAUGGAGACGGCGACAUGAUCGUCACGUCAGUGGGUUCAACCAAUAUUGAAUUGAUGGACUUGUUGACCUCUGAUGUGCCUGAAGAGACCUUGUUCCAAGCCCGGAUUGAAGAACUCAACACUUAUGCAGAUUAUAUUGCCCUCGGCACCUCUAUAGUCAUUACUUUUGUGUCAUUCCUCCGAUUUUUCUACACAAAACACAGCAACGAGAAUGGUGAUGUGGAUGAUCAGUUGCCACAAUGGAAGGCUGGCCAAGUGUCAGUCCAUGCGAUGAUGAAGAUUUUUGAGGGAAUUUUUUUGAGAAAGCAAGGAAUGAUCCCAACUUUGACAAGUUCACUUACUGUUGCUGUGUUAGGGUUACAAAAUCUUGUUCCCUUCACAAUUUCAGCUUCUCUCUCCUACUGGAGCAGGAAGAUGAUGGCAUCUUCUAUGAUUAACGCUAAAAAAUUAUCAGCCAUUGGCACCAUUGGCUUGGCCACUGUUUUGUGCAUCGAUGUAUCUAAAGGGUUACUGGUGGAUUUUGAUAAUAACCCAUGUCUGGAAGUUGUAGAAACUCUUCAAAGAGAUGGAGUGUCCAUCAAAUUCGUAUCAAGGGAUGAUGUGGAGGACGUGAGAACUAUGGUUCAACAGCUUGGAAUAAAUACUGUUUCAAAUGAAGUGGUGGUUUACGGCGACACAUUUGAGAAACUCAUGGAUGAAAGGGUAGAGAAGCUGGACCGUGUCGCCAUGUUGUGUAGCCCACAGCCUAAGCACAAUCACCUCAUGGUGAAGGCCUUGAAAAAAAAAGGAGAUGUGGUUGUAUAUUUUGGGGGGUUGACAACAGGUGAUGUUUCAGCUUUGAAAGAAGCCGAUGUGGGGGUUUCUAUGGAAAAUAAAAGCACCCAAAUGGCCAGAGCGAGGUCCAGCAUAGUUGUUCCUUCAGACAAGGGUCUGAUUUCAUUAGUUCAAAUCCUGAAGUUUGGUCGAGUUGUUUAUGGAAAGAUUCAAAAGUUUAUUCUACUUGUGCACACUGCAAGCAUAUCCGGGUUGUUGAUAACUUUAUUCACGACAAUCUGUUUUGGAGAGUCUCCAAUAACAGCAAGUCAAUUGAUGUGGGUAAAUUUGAUCAUAUGUAUCCUUGGUGGCCUGAUGAUGAACAUGGAUCUUCCAUUUCUGGAACCAAUGACCCAUGAAGAUGAAACCCUAACCAAAAGGACUAAAUCACUUAUGACGAAAGUCAUGUGGAGAAAUUUCAUCUGCCAAGUCGUGAUCCAGACUGUUGGGUUCUUGAUGGUCUCUCAGUUUAUGGGAAGAGCCAUACCUGGAAUGAACCAAAAUGAACAAAAAGCCAUACUUUUCAAUACUUUUACACUGUACCAGGUCUUCCAGAUAUUCAUUGCCGUGAAAUUGGCGAAAAAGGAAGUUUUCAAGGUUGUCCUACAGAAUCAAAACUACUGGUUUUUAGUGGCUCUGGGUGUUUUUAUAGGUUCGCAAGUGCUUGUGGUUGAUUACGGGACAAGUCUAGCCAAUUACAUGAGCUUGGAUGGGGGGAAAUGGGUUCUUUGUUUCCUAUUUGUGUUGCUGCUUUGGGGGCUUGAUUGGGUUCUGCAAUUCAUUUCAGCUCUCAUCGCUAAGAGCUCUAUCUCUAUGGGAUCAAUUGCAUUGGCUACUAUUUCCUCAAUGAGGACGACCUUGGUCUUUGCUCCUUGCCUGGGUUUUAUGUGCUCUAUGUUCGUGAUCAUCUCCUUCUCACAGGAGAGUAAAAUUGAGUGA